CUGCCCCCGAUUCCUCCCCGAGCCCACAGACGUUCUCCUCCUCACGGAGGAGAACCAGGACCUGCCGGACCUGUUGGCACGGUAACGGGAUCCCGGUGUGAGCGGGCCGCCCGGCCAUUAGAGGUGCCAAACGGCCAGCCGGUGGGGAACGAGAGGGGAAGGGGAAGAGGUGGAACCAGGAGAACUAGGAACCAGGAGGAGGUGAAACCAGAAAGAGGUGGAACUGGAAGGAGGAGGUUGAACCAGAAGGUGGUGGAACCAGGAGGUGGAACAAGGAGGAGGUGGAACCAGGAGGAGUUGGAACCAGAAGGUGGUGGAAUUAGGAAGUGGUGGAACCAGGAGGAGGUAGAACCGGGUGGAGUUAGAACCGGGAGGGGGUGGAACCAGGAGGAGGUGGAACCAGGAGGAGGUGGAACCAGGAGGAAGUGGAACCAGGAGGUGUUGGAGCCGGGAGGAGAUGGAACCAGAAGGUUGAGGUUUUCCCGGGAUGCAGUCUCUGUUGAGGCUUUCCCGGGAUGCAGUCUCUGUUCGGGGGCGGCGAGCUGGGGCUGCUGGGGGGGGGGCGGCGAGGGCGGCGGCCUGAAGGAGGACGGCUGCGGCAGCAUGGCCUGGAGAGCCUCGCCCCUCCCGCCCGAGGACGUGUACUCGGCCUCGCACUUCGCCCUCAUCACCGCCUACCAGGACAUCAAGACCAGGCUGGGCAGCCUGGAGCGGGAGAACUCCAGCAUCAAGAGGAAGCUCAAGAUCUACGAGAUCAAGUUUCCGAUGAUCAGCGAAUUCGGAGAGGACACCAACUCCUACUGCUCCUUUGAGAGCAAAGAGACGGCGCUGCUGCAGUCAGAAAAUGGAAACCUGCAGCAGAGGGUCAACUGCCUGACCCACGAGCUCCAGAAGAGGAAGGACAGGGAGGAGCAGCUGGAGGACGUGAUCAAAGCCUACGAGAAGAUCCACAUGGAGAAGAGCAACCUCCAGAGGGAUCUGGACAAGAUGACCAGCCUGGUGGAGAAACACGUGGAGCGGAUCCUGGGCCUGGAGUCGGCUCUGAGGCAGAGGGACAACUCCCUCCAGAAGCUCAACAUGCAGCUGCACAGCAAAGACAUGCAGUACCUGCAGCUCCACGCCGGCCCCGACACGCACACUCUUCAGAUUUACACCUCCUGUGAUUCCCGUCUGAAGCAGAUUACCUGGGAGACGUCCAGGAAACCUCCAGAUCUGGAGCCUGAAACCCUCCAGGAUGACUAA